GCACUAGCGCGGUGGACCUCGCGGUUGUUCCUCCCGUGGGGCCGAAACGGAGGGCAAGCGUGCCUUGGGAACCAGUCUUGAGAGCCAUGGAAUUGGAGAGGGAGAGAGAGAGAGAGAGAGAGAGAGAGAGAGAGGGAGGGAGAGAGACUCAGGUUGGUUGGGUCGACAGGGACGGGCUGAGGUCACUGCACUGCAGCCAUGUCAACACAACAGGGACAAGCGACUGUCCUGUGCUCGCUUGCCCUUCUCAUCCAUGCUCCGACAGGACACCCACUUGGACCGAACCCGAAGGACGACCAAAGCUAACGGUCUCCCUGGACAACCCUGUCCGGGCUUGGCAAUAUCGCUCGCACGCCGGGGUCCCUCAGAUUGCUUACGAUGCCUCCAAAGUCGCCACCGCCAGGGGUUUGGGGAACACCGGGGACGCCUCUUGCACCGUGCUUCUCCACGCCGCGUGCACUGUCGCCGCCGCAAGGGAUAGGGAUGAUGGGUCUUCAGGAGGAGAUGAUGAUGAACCUCGUCAUCAUCUCGACGAUCGGGGCUCCCGUACGAGGCUGGAGGCCGAGGCAGUCGUGACGAGUCUCCCAAACGAGGCUAUGGAUGGCUACUGCACCAAAAAGGGCUCUGGCCAGCGAGGGACCCCCCUAGUGGCUGCAGUCAGCAGUAUACUUCACGCCGCCCAGGGUCGUCCAGGUCUGCAGGGAGCUCGAACGUCUCUGCUCCGGUCGAGGCAGGUGGCCAGGGACCCCGCAACCACGGGUGGAUCCACCUCCACCGAGCACGGGAGUCAAGGAGAGUAGAUACGGAGCUCCUGAUUAAUAUUCCUGAAAUUCGGAGUGGAACAGAACAAAGGGAGGGAGGGGGAUGAGGCUGUAGGGAAUGGGCGUAGUGGUGUGUGCUCGGGGCCUCGCACUGGCUGCGUGGUGCUGGCGGGCUAGCCAUAGAAUCCAGUAGGUACAUGCAGGCGCAGGGAAGCGUCGCCGCCGACCGGGAGUUUAGUCGAUGCUUGUGACGGGCGUGA